AAUAACUUUAACUCAGACAUAGUAUAGGUAUAAUGGUAUAAGUUAAUGAUAUUGUGUAGAUAUCUGAUUAGAAUAAAAGUUAAUAAAAACACAUCAUUGAUGGAGAAAAAAUUGUGAUUAUAGUUUAUCAUCUUCUACAAGGUCUUUACAAAACGGCAAAACAAGGAUUUGAUUAUGGUAAAAUCCGGGCGACGAGUUUGGAUAAUUGUUCUCCUAUCUAUUAUUGUGUGUCAACAUGCAUACGCACGUGAAGGACAAUUCUAUGGUGGAUCAAUGAGUCAUAGACAAGAACAACAAGCAGAUGGUAGCUCCUUGGUCAUCAUUGAACUUAUAACUGGAUGGGUACUCGGGAAAGGGCCAUGCGGAGCAGCAUGUAGCAGAACUGACAUUGGUAGAUCAACACGCUCAACACGACAAAUGAUCUCAUCAUUAGAUCCAGGAUACCUCGGCCACUUUAUAUUAGAGUAUAAGAGGGCAGAUCAUCGGUUAGAAACAAGAGAUAUAGAUGCGACUGUGAACAAAACAUACAAUGAAACAGUUAUUGACGUUGAUGAGUAUACACAAUGGGAGCAGGAAAAAAUGCAUUUCGGCGUUCUUAUGGAGAAGGAUAAACGAGAAAUAGAUAUCAGUUUUAAAGGGCAUUCUUGGCGUCAUAUCUCAUUUCAAUCAUCUACAAGUAACCUAAGUUGGCAUUUCCAAACCAAGAUAUCAUCUUUUAUUCGAAGUGAUACGAACAGAACAAACAGCAGCCCAAGAUCUCUAAGUAGACCCAUUUACAGGAUAGCACUAGACAGGGUAUCAACUAUUUACAUCCAAGUAGUAGAUGCCGAGGGAGAUUUUAUUAUAUGUGAGCUAGCAAGGUAUAUAGAAGCUGGAAUAAUAUCUUUCCACCCGCCAACAAACGUAAUUGUUUAUGAGGUUGGUUAA